GGUUUCGGUGAGUUUUACGAAUGCUCUUCCCAUCCCCUGCGGAUUCGACAAAAACUGCCUCUCUUCUUUUUUCAACAUCUCCUUUCAUCUUCAGUUUGCAUUGUUUUCUAAUCUAGCACGUAAAUUUUUCGUGCUCUCGGGAUUCUUGAUGUCGAUGAUGUUGAAACGAGAAAAACACGUAGGAUUUCGAGAAAUAGGGCAUUUCUACUACCGUCGAGUGCGACGCAUUUUGCCAUCGUAUCUUUUGGUUAUUCUGCUCUCCUUGAUCGCUUCUCGCUGUUUCCCUUUACGGUACUUGCAAGUCGACAACUUGAAAUCUGCUAUUCAUGCCCUGAUGUUCAUCACAAACAUCAAAGCCGCUGACAGUAUGAAUAUUACUGGAUUCAACCACUAUGAUCAUUGUGAAAUGCAGUUCUAUCUCAUAUUCCCUCCCAUUUUCGCAAUCUACAUGUCAAUUCGUAGUUUUGUGGCUAAUCUCGUUCUGAUAACCAUCGGUAAGAAUUCACCAUAUACAACAGGCGAAACGAAGGACCCGCAUGGUGUGGUGAUGAACGCGUUACUCCCCGGAAAGGUCAAUAGCGCGUUCGUUCCCCACCAUAGACACCUGCGGUCCAGAGUUUUGCAAAUAUCUCAGCAACGUUGUGGUUGUAUUUCGCUUAGUACCCUGCCGCGAAAUUAUAGUAGGCAGAAAAUAAAAAGGUAUAACAGUUUUGUUUGA